UGGCUCGCGGGGGACUGGCAGGAACCGGAGCAGCACUGCCGCCUCUGGCGAAGGCUCAGGCGCCUCCUCCCGCCACACUCGCUCACUGUGGCUCGGCGCACGCUGCCGGCGGCUGCCCUUUCCGCCUCUGGGGAAGGAAACCCGCGGGCCGCUGUCUGCAGGAACCAUGGCCUCGGGCCGGAGGGGCUGGGACAGCUCCCACGAGGACGAUCUGCCCGUGUACCUGGCCAGGCCGGGCACCACCGACCAGGUCCCGCGGCAGAAGUACGGCGGCAUGUUCUGCAACGUGGAGGGCGCCUUCGAGAGCAAGACCCUGGAUUUCGAUGCCCUGAGCGUGGGGCAGCGGGGCGCGAAGACUCCCCGAAGCAGCCAGGGCAGCGGCCGCGGCUCGGGGUGCCGGCCCGGGGUGGAGGGGGACACCCCGCGCCGGGGCCAAGGCCGGGAAGAGAGCAGAGAGCCGGCGCCCGCGUCGCCCGCGCCCGCCGGGGUGGAGAUCCGGAGCGCCACCGGCAAGGAGGUUUUGCAGAACCUCGGCCCCAAGGACCAGAGUGACCGCCUUCUGAUCAAGGGCGGCAGAAUCGUCAACGAUGACCAGUCCUUUUAUGCUGAUAUUUACAUGGAAGAUGGCCUGAUAAAGCAAAUUGGAGACAAUCUGAUUGUCCCAGGAGGAGUGAAGACCAUCGAGGCCAAUGGGAAGAUGGUGAUCCCUGGUGGCAUUGAUGUACACACGCACUUCCAGAUGCCGUACAAGGGAAUGACCACGGUGGAUGACUUCUUCCAGGGGACCAAGGCUGCCCUGGCGGGGGGCACCACCAUGAUCAUUGACCACGUGGUGCCCGAGCCUGAGUCAAGCCUGACGGAGGCCUUUGAGAAGUGGCGGGAGUGGGCGGACGGGAAGAGCUGCUGCGACUACACCCUGCAUGUGGACAUCACCCACUGGAACGACAGCGUCAAGCAGGAAGUGCAGAGCCUCAUCAAGGACAAAGGGGUUAACUCCUUCAUGGUUUACAUGGCCUAUAAGGAUUUGUAUCAAGUGUCCAACACAGAGCUCUAUGAGAUCUUCACUUGUUUGGGGGAACUGGGAGCCAUCGCCCAAGUUCACGCUGAGAAUGGGGAUAUCAUUGCCCAGGAGCAAAACCGGAUGUUGGAAAUGGGAAUAACUGGUCCAGAAGGCCAUGUGCUGAGCAGACCAGAGGAGCUGGAGGCCGAGGCUGUGUUUCGGGCCAUCACCAUCGCCAGCCAAACCAACUGCCCUCUGUAUGUCACGAAGGUCAUGAGCAAGAGUGCAGCCGACCUCAUCUCCCAAGCCAGGAAAAAAGGAAACGUGGUCUUUGGCGAACCUAUCACUGCCAGCCUCGGCACGGAUGGAACCCACUACUGGAGCAAGAACUGGGCCAAGGCGGCUGCAUUUGUGACAUCCCCACCUCUGAGCCCUGACCCGACCACUCCUGACUACAUCAACUCCUUGCUGGCCAGUGGGGACCUGCAGAUCUCGGGGAGUGCCCACUGCACCUUCAGCACUGCCCAGAAAGCCAUCGGGAAAGACAACUUCACAGCCAUUCCCGAGGGCACCAACGGUGUGGAGGAGCGCAUGUCUGUCAUCUGGGACAAGGCUGUGGCCACAGGGAAAAUGGAUGAAAACCAGUUUGUGGCCGUGACUAGUACGAAUGCUGCCAAGAUCUUCAACUUGUAUCCUCGCAAGGGAAGAAUAUCUGUAGGUUCUGACAGUGACCUGGUCAUCUGGGAUCCAGAUGCUGUGAAGAUCGUGUCUGCCAAGAACCACCAAUCGGCUGCAGAGUAUAACAUCUUUGAAGGGAUGGAGCUGCGUGGGGCGCCACUGGUGGUCAUCUGUCAGGGCAAAAUCAUGCUGGAAGACGGCAACCUGCACGUGACCCAGGGGGCCGGCCGCUUCAUCCCCUGCAGCCCCUUCUCUGACUAUGUCUACAAGCGCAUUAAAGCACGGAGGAAGAUGGCAGACCUACAUGCUGUCCCACGAGGCAUGUACGAUGGGCCGGUGUUUGACCUGACUACCACUCCCAAGGGGGGUACCCCCGCCGGCUCCACCCGGGGCUCUCCCACUCGGCCAAACCCGCCCGUGAGGAACCUGCAUCAGUCGGGAUUUAGUCUGUCUGGCACCCAAGUGGACGAGGGCGUCCGCUCAGCCAGCAAGCGCAUUGUGGCGCCCCCUGGAGGCCGUUCUAAUAUUACAUCCCUGAGUUAAGCAGCCCCUCCCCAAAGAGGGCCAGAAGCAAGAAGAGAUUGUUUUGAAGCCAAAAUGGUACACCGAUAUUUAAGAAGGAAAGCGAAUCCAAACAAUUGCGAUCUACAGAAUCAAUAAGCCUCAAGCCUUAUGUUUCUCCAAUGUUACGCUCGCUUGCCUAGCUUUACGAAUAUUGCUUUGUUUUCUGUUUAUGCAUAGCCUUGAUUUGUUUGCUCCCCCCCGCCCCCCAUUUACAUGCAUGCAAUCAGGCCGCUAAGGUAAAGGAGUCUGCUAUAUAGUGUUGAGAGCGUGUGUAGUGCUGCAUCUUACGACAAGGGGACAGACAAAGCUGGGACGUCAGGAACGCGAACAAAAGGGACACAGUUAUUGGGGGUGAGUGGGUGGUGGGAGCCCUGAGCAAGGUGGAGGGCUCAGAGGGGCUGGG